CGGUCCGGUCCGGUCCGGUCCGUUUCGGUCCGUCCGUUCCUCCGGGGCUCCGGUCCUCGGGCCCGGCCGCCGGGCUCGGGGGAAGAUGGCGGACGUGCUGAGCGUCCUGCGCCAGUACAACAUCCAGAAGAAGGAGAUCGUGGUGAAGGGGGACGAGGUGAUCUUCGGGGAGUUCUCCUGGCCCAAGAACGUCAAGACCAACUACGUCAUCUGGGGGACAGGGAAAGAAGGCCAGCCCAGAGAGUACUACACUUUGGAUUCUAUCCUGUUCCUGCUGAAUAAUGUGCACCUUUCUCAUCCCGUGUAUGUCCGGCGGGCGGCUACUGAAAAUAUUCCUGUGGUUAGAAGACCUGACAGAAAAGAUCUACUUGCAUAUUUAAAUGGCGAAACAUCGACGUCGUCAAGUAUAGAUAGGAGCGCGCCACUGGAAAUUGGCCUUCAGCGGUCCACGCAAGUCAAAAGAGCAGCGGAUGAAAUACUAGCGGAAGCAAAGAAACCAAGAAUCGAGGAUGAAGAGUGUGUACGUCUUGACAAAGAGCGAUUGGCUGCUCGCUUGGAAGGUCAUAAGGAAGGGAUUGUGCAGACAGAGCAGAUUAGAUCAUUGUCUGAAGCUAUGUCUGUGGAAAAAAUCGCUGCAAUCAAAGCCAAAAUCAUGGCUAAGAAAAGAUCGACUAUCAAGACUGAUUUAGAUGAUGACAUAACUGCCCUUAAACAGAGAAGUUUUGUUGAUGCAGAGGUGGAUGUGACCCGAGAUAUUGUUAGCAGAGAGAGAGUAUGGAGGACAAGAACUACUAUUUUGCAAAGCACGGGCAAGAAUUUUGCCAAGAAUAUUUUUGCAAUUCUUCAGUCUGUGAAAGCCAGAGAAGAAGGCCGAGCCCCUGAGCAACGACCAGCUCCAAACGCAGCACCAGCAGACCCUACGUUACGGACCAAGCAGCCUAUUCCAGCGGCCUACAACAGAUACGAUCAGGAAAGAUUUAAAGGAAAAGAAGAGACGGAAGGCUUCAAAAUUGAUACUAUGGGUACCUACCAUGGAAUGACCCUGAAGUCUGUAACUGAAGGCGCGUCUGCUCGCAAGACUCAGACCCCAGCAGCACAGCCGGUGCCACGACCAGUUUCCCAAGCAAGGCCUCCCCCGAAUCAGAAAAAAGGAUCUCGUACACCUAUCAUCAUUAUUCCAGCAGCUACCACCUCCUUAAUAACUAUGCUUAAUGCAAAAGAUCUUCUACAAGAUCUAAAGUUUGUCCCCUCAGAUGAAAAGAAAAAACAAGGUUGCCAACGAGAAAAUGAAACGUUAAUCCAGAGAAGGAAGGACCAGAUGCAGCCAGGAGGGACUGCAGUUAGCGUCACAGUUCCCUACCGUGUGGUAGAUCAACCCCUCAAACUUAUGCCCCAGGACUGGGAUCGUGUGGUGGCCGUUUUCGUACAGGGUCCCGCUUGGCAGUUUAAGGGCUGGCCGUGGUUAUUGCCCGAUGGAUCGCCUGUUGAUAUCUUUGCAAAAAUUAAAGCGUUUCAUCUCAAAUACGAUGAAGUGCGUCUUGAUCCAAACGUACAGAAAUGGGACGUAACAGUAUUAGAACUGAGUUACCACAAACGACAUUUGGACAGACCCGUGUUCUUGCGUUUCUGGGAAACAUUGGACAGGUACAUGGUAAAGCAUAAAUCCCAUUUGAGAUUCUGAAACAUCUGGCUGCCGUUUCGUUACCUGGAAAUUUGGAUAAAGAAGAAUGGAAAUGCUCCAGUCUGCAGACGAGCGCUCUUGAUUUAUGCAUUUAUCAAGAACUUUACGGAAUGAAGAAGGUCACAAUUAAUCUUUUCUAAGACCUCGUUUGAUGCUUUGAGCUUUGGCAAGCUCAUCCCUGUCGUCGUCAUAAGCAAAGAUUUUGCUUACAACUAUUUUUUUAAAUAAUAUUAGCCUUCUUAGUCUGCAAUGGAAAUUGUAUAUUUUGAUAGCAGUUUCCCCCCCCCCCCCCUUUGGUUAAGUUAGCCACACUUUGAAAAAAAAAAAAAUGUUCUUUUCUCUAUUAGACUACAAAAGCAGGUUACAAAUGUGUGUAUAUAUAGAUGUUACGAGGCCUUCUAAGCCACUUUGCUUCUGAUUUUUCUGGUUUUCUUCGCUCCAUUGUUUCACUUAUGAAAAUACUAUGUUGUGAAUGAAAUUAAAUUUUAGUCUCAAGGACUUGCAAAGCAAAGUGAAGCGGCUGUUUUGAAUGACUUGAAAAUGUCAACCUGUAAAAGUUCUAUAUGUUCUGGUUUUGCUUAAGAAAGGUGAUGAAAAAUCAAAACCAACGCAGAUGAAAAUAUUCAAUUUAUUUAACCAUCUUCACAUAUGACAAAAUUGAAUGAACAUCCAUUUUUCUGGGGACUUUGGUGAUUUAAAUUUUUUAUUGCAUUAGUUAUGGUGCCUUUCCCAUCGAAGAUCUUACCAGCGUGUAGAUUCCAGCUGAAGAGGUUGAGAAAACAUUUCAUUUUGUGAAGCCGAGUGAUUGCGGGGGAGGGAAAGGACUUGAAAGUAUGACAGCCAUAGAGACACUGCGACAGUUAACCAAAAUUUUUCUCAGAAAGAGUGCAGGUAUUUUUCAGUCCCUUGUUUUUAAAAAAUAUUGGUUUAAUCGGAGCGCCUCAACUUCCUGGAUUUUCCGCACCAUUGACGUCAAGUAAACUGCUCUCAGGCACCAAAGAAUCCGUUUGCUUAAUCAAGAAUAUGAUCAGAACUUAGGCAAAGAACCCUGCUAUUUUUUUUUCAUUCACUUUUCCUGGUCUCAAAUGGGUAUAAAACAUAUCCAUUUGGAUUCUGGGGUGUAAAUGUAUUUUCUCAGUUUUUAACCUUUCAAGUUGAACUUAGACAUUAGAUAUAAUUCUGCCUGAAUUUUGUUUUGAUUCUGCAUCAAUUUGUAAUCUCCUCUUUAUAAAAUAUUUCUAGGUCAUUUUUUUUUUCUUUCUCUAAUUUCCCCAACUAUCUUUCUGGAGCUAGAAUGACUUUCUCUUAUUUAGGAUUUUCAUCCGUAUGUGUUCCUUUUGGAAAUACAAGUAUAUAGGUUAGGUUUAUGAUUCCAUUUUAUUUUAUUUUAUUUUUUUAAUUACAAGCAUCCUCACCAAAGUUGGGGGAGUGAAAAAAAUGUCAUCAAUAUUGUAGUCACAGAAACUUUGGAAUUGCAUUUUUAAAGAUGAUUCUUACUGUGUUUUGAGAAAUUAAUUUGUAUUUAAGAAGCUUGGGUUGAUUUUUUUUCCCUUCUUCCCCAAGUACCUCAAUAUUUUUCACAUAACCCCAAAUUUCCCAGGAUAGAUAUAUUUUCUUAGUCUUGAGGAAUAAUUCUAGAUGAUGUAUAAUUUUGCCAUGAUAAAUUCCCAUUGCUUGUAAAGAAAUCAUUAAAGCUGGUGGUUUAAAAGUCCAUGAUAAGGAACACCAAAGGCGGUGUUUGUUUCCAUGGCUGUGGAAACUUAAACAUUUCAAGGGGAAGGGAAUGGACCGAGUUUUGUGGGUGGGAAACAGUGGAAAAUAGCUAAUGUGGCCAUGUUUACAAAAACUGCUUUGAAUGGCCACCGGCAGCUUUUUCCCCUAAAGAUCUCUAGUCUGUGUAGCACAACCUUUUUGCUCCAUGAAUUUAAAUGCAUAUAUUGCGCAGUGAAAAUUGUAGCACCCACUCACAAGGAAAUUUGCCUCUAAUUGUAUACUGUGUCUAUUUAAGCACAGGCUUCUUCAGUGUUUGUAAGAAGCAUUAGGAAAAAUGAAAAUUAUGAUAUUUUUAUGGGUUUAGCUGAGACCCAGAACACCUGGGUUUCUUGGAAUUUUUAUUUUCAGCCAGGUGCGGGAAUUAAGCCCAACAGAAUCAACUCCGUACAUUAACCCGUCCGUUUCUCCCGUCUUCGUUCCUUCGGUCGUAUUUAUAGCCAGUGCACCCUCAGUGUAACGUGUGUGCAGCACCCUUACUCGAUAUUUACCAUUUUGGCUUGGCACCUCCUUCACAGCCGGAUAAUUCAGGCGGCAGAAAAACAUGAGGGGCCUGAAGUGUCUGGAUAAUUGAGACCAAAGUGUAUUUUGGAUAGUUGAAAUACCCCGAUAAAUUCCUAUUGUAAUCACGCCCUUGGAGUGUGGACAUUGGUUUCAGAAUUUGAGUGAAUGAAGAAGCGUUAAAAGAGAAAUAUGAAUUAAUUCACCUUUGCCUGGAGACACCUGGCUCAAGUGAAACUGCAUUCCAUUUUUCAGAGUGCCCUCUACUGAGUCUCUGUGAUGGUGAGACGCUUCUCACUUUGCAGGCGGAAGCCGAUCCCAAAGACCGGACGCCAUAAUGGAGAAUUGUAUUUCUGUUUGCCCCGUCGGUUGCCUUUCGCCCCCAAUUCCCGUCUUUGUCGAGGCUGGCCGCGGCGUUCGGCGUCACCAUCAAUUCAGUCGUAUAUGUGAAGCGCUUACUGUGUGCAAAGCACUGUACUAAGCGCUUGGGAGAGUACUGCACAACUUGAUGGCAUAACCAUUUCCCCGUACCUUGAGGCUGAUUUUAGUAUUGAAGGAAUCAUUUUAUUGUUUAAUAUUUAAACACUGUUUAAUAUCUGUUUUUGUUGUUAAACUAGUAUUAAAGCUGGAUGGAAAUGAGACUAGUUUGGGACGCACAUACUUCUGGUACCAGAUGCUGGAGUUUGUUUUUAGUUUUUGUUGUUUUUUUCCAGGAAACUUUUGGUAAUCACAACUCAGAAGUUAAUUUCUGAGAGAGAACUUCUUGAAUCUUAACAUGGAAAAUAGUAGAGACCUCUUUUUAAAAUGAAUAAGGAGGUAAUUUUUUAAUAGACUCACAUAUUUAAAAGGUAGAAAUGACUCCUUUAGUUACGAGGGAUGUUGCAGGGAUUUAUUUUUAAUGAAAUCAUUUUGUGACCCACAAGUGAUCUUAGGCAGCAAAAUCUUUUUAAAAAUUACUUUCUGAUACUGUAAAUUAUUACCUUUUUAUAUUCAAACUAAAGAUUACCCUAACGUUGAAAGUAUACUAUAGGCAUCGUGUUUGUAAAGUGUUCAUUUAUGGUGAAAAUUAUGGUGUGGUGCUCUAUCAGAUAAAUACUUAUCUGAAUGUCAAAUUUGUGUUUAGCGUUUUGAAACUUAAUCCGCAUAUAAAACAUUAUGGACUUCUCUCCUUGUCUGAAGCCACCAACAAAACAAGUUUGAUUGUUACAGUUUCUCAUUUUACAAACUUUGGUCUGGUCACAGUUAAUGGCUUAGAUUGUGGUUCUAAACUUUAAUGUUUUGAGGUUGUGUUCAUUUUAAUGCAUAAGUUAUAACUGAUGCCAAGUUCUUUAUUAAAAGCAACGUGUUCAUGAAAAAUUAAAAAUCCCAGCCUGAAGAAACUGUUGGCUUAUCAGGUUAAAGCUCAUGUAGAAUGCUAGAAGAAGUCAUCUGUAAAAUCACAAGUGCCAUAAAAAUUUGCUUUGAUGAAAUACGGA